UCUAGUAUCCACAGGCUAGCUUUUAGCUCGAGUUUCACUAUAUACCAAUUCCCCUGCAUCUUCUAAUUGAUAUAAGAUACCAUUUCUCCUUCAAAAAUGGACAACUACAUGUUUCGGAAACAUGUCAGCCGUCACAGCGUCGUCUUUGAAGAAACUCAAUAUCUGGAUAUAUCAUGCUAUUCGCCUUCAACAGAACGCCAAGCAUCCGGAUACAAUGGGGGGAAAUACUAUAAGUCUCCGGCACGAAGAUUAUGUGACCAUGAUCGAAUCGUGGAAAUUGCCACUUAGGGCUAUUGAAUGCUCCAAUGCUCUUAGUGUUUUGUUCUGGCCCUCUGUAGAAGAUAUUGGAGGGAACUCUCACUACGUGCGUUUCGAAUACACUUGA